GGCGGCGGUGGCGGCAACGGCGGCAACGGUGGUGGCUGCCGGCAGGCAGGCAGGCAGGCAGCAGAAGCGAAGAGCCAACGGCAGUAGCCGAAGAAGCAAUCGCGAGUGAGGACGUACACGCUCCGCGUCCGCUCUUAUGACGAGAGGUGAUGAAUAGACGUCGCCGUACUUCUUCCUCCGCUUCUUGUGCCGUCGUCGUUGUUUUACUCGAUCAGUGGAAUAUUAGGAAGAACGACAAUACCAACGUUAUUACGGAAAUAGUACAAAGUGAUAAUCGUCGCGCGCGUCGUCGUCGGCGUCGUCAUCGUAUUCUUCUUCGUUGUCGUCGUCAUCGUCCACAUCAUCAUUAUCUUCAACAUCAACAUCAUCAUCAUCAUCAACAACAUCAACAGUGUAGUCAACGAUGACGACCAUCCUUCUACUCGCGGACAGAUUGUCGUGUUCUCUUCGUAAACGAAGAAAUGCUUGUUUUUGUGCUUGAUGGUGUGUCUAGUGUUCUCUCUCUACCUAAGAAAAUAAAGAAAAGAGAAGAGAGAAAAUUCUUUUCUCUAUAUCUUUAUUACUAUUACUGAUACUACGAUCUCUAUAUCACUGUUUCUUCUUCUUCUUCUUCUGCCACUAUACCAUUGGAUUAUAAUUAUAACGAAGUCUACAAUCUGGGAGUAGUUAUUAUCUACGUGCAUCGUCACAAAUCUGACAAGGAUAAUAAUGCGAUCUACUCGUCUUCAUCUCAGGUGCAACGUUUAGUCGAAUUUCUGGAAGGCAUUUGAACGUUCCUACUCCUCAACGCGGAAGCUCGAUAUUUUUUCAAGGGUUGGUAACUAUAUAAUUAUCAAAAACGGCGGCGAUCGGCGUUGGGGUGCAACCCGUGCUAUCAUCCGGCUAUCAUAACACAGUGCCACCUCAGAGCGGGGGUGGUGGUUCGACAUUUAGUGCCGCGGCGAUGGUGGCAGCUGCCACCGCUACGGCCACCGCCACUGCCAGCGUGGUGGCCAUGCAGGACCGCCAAGAUAUCCCCGCACAAUUUAAUCAGAUGCAAAGCCAACAUGGGAUACCCCAUCAAACGUACAACACAGGGUACGCCCAAAGAGGACCAAUGGCAGGAAUGGGGCCAGUUGGGAUGAGCAACUUUAAUGGCAUGGGCACUAUGAGCCCAAUGCAUUCUAUGAAUUCCAUGAAUUCGAUGAACAGUAUGAGUGGGAUGAACACGAUGAAUCCUAUGACAAUGGGAGGCAUGAACGGCAUGAACGGCAUGAACGGCAUGAACGGCAUUAAUGGUAUGAGCGGUAUGAACGGUAUGAACGGUAUGAACCCCAUGAGCUCCAUGAGUAACAUGGGUAACAUGGGAAUGAACAACAUGAUGGGACCUAACAACAUACAGAUGAAUAAGAUGCAGGCGCAGCCUCUUCAAGGAUAUCCAAGAAGAUUAGCACCAUAUCCUAAUCCAGCCAUACAUAUGGCGCAAAAGAGACAGCAGGGACCUUAUGCUAAUCCUAAUCCUGCGGCGAUGCAGCCAGGUUUUAACAAUAUGCCAACGACACAAUAUCCAAAUAAUUAUCCAGCUACGGCAAGACCAAACUUCCAACCUCAGUAUCAACCGAUGCAAGGCAUGAAUCCCGCCGCGGCUGGUUUUGGACCGAAUUCUAUGAUACGUGGGACGAACAUGAGGCAAACAACGCCAUCGUAUAAUACGGCGUCGCAAGCAGCAGCAGGCCAAUAUUAUAAUGGCAAUGGUGUACCAGUUAGUAUGGGACCCACCACAGUAGGGAACCAAUUCGUCGGUCAUCAACAAAAUGCAGCUUACGGUGGUGGACAAUCUUCGUACGGAGCUGCUGCUGCUGCUGCUGCUGCGGCUACAAGUCAAUACCAACAGGAUGUGGCGUCGAUGAGAACGACAGGGGCAGCGAACCUGAAUUAUCAACAUAGUCCUAUACCUGGUAAUCCAACUCCUCCAUUAACGCCAGCGACUAGUAUACCACCUUACAUCAGUCCAAAUCCGGACAUUAAACCAAAUUUCAACGAAAUCAAAUCGCCUGUCAAUAUACAAAAAGACGAUGAAUUAAGAUUAACAUUCCCCGUGAGAGACGGUAUUAUUCUUCCACCCUUCCGCUUAGAACAUAAUUUGGCUGUAAGCAACCAUGUUUUUCAACUGAAAUCUACGGUUCAUCAAACGUUAAUGUGGCGAUCCGACUUGGAGCUACAGCUUAAAUGUUUCCAUCAUGAAGAUAGACAGAUGAACACAAAUUGGCCUGCAAGCGUUCAGGUUUCUGUCAAUGCAACGCCUCUUGUUAUUGAUCGUGGCGAAAACAAGACAUCCCACAAGCCUCUUUAUCUAAAGGACGUGUGCCAACCGGGAAGAAAUACUAUACAGAUUACAGUAUCCGCAUGCUGUUGUUCACAUCUAUUUGUUCUUCAAUUAGUCCAUCGACCAAGUGUACGUAGCGUUCUGCAAGGUUUAUUACGCAAGAGAUUACUUACUGCAGAACAUUGCAUAACAAAAAUCAAAAGAAAUUUUAAUAAUACAAUUUCGAGUAACGGCAUCCAAUCCGAGAAAGAUGUCGUGGAACAAACAGCACUUAAGGUAUCUUUAAAAUGUCCUAUAACUUUCAAACGUAUUACACUGCCAGCGAGGGGACACGAUUGCAAACAUAUACAAUGUUUCGACUUAGAGUCUUAUCUGCAAUUAAAUUGCGAACGGGGUUCAUGGAGGUGUCCUGUGUGCACAAAACCAGCUCAAUUAGAGGGUUUAGAGGUUGAUCAAUAUAUGUGGGGAAUUUUGAAUACUCUGAAUACCGCAGAAGUAGAAGAAGUAACGAUAGACUCUGCGGCGAAUUGGAAACCUGCUAAGAAUUUAGCCAACAUUAAGUCAGAAGAGGAAAAUGAUUGUAAAAGAAUGACGAAAGCUAUGUCACCUGGAAGUAUGAAUAUGCCCACAAUGAAUAAUUGGGACAUGAAUCAAGCUAUGAGCCCCUAUAUACCACCGGACAUGAGUAGCAUAGUAAGCGGCUCGAUGAUGAACAACACGUCGUCCACUUACGGGAAUAAUAAUAUCAAUCACCGAAAUUCAUCUGGUGGAUCGUUCGAUAUCAAUCCUGGAACGAAUAACUCAACCAAUAACGAUUAUAGCAGCGGAACGGGACCUCUUACUCAUUUGAACGAAUCAGUGAAUUCCUUGGAUCCCCUUAAUGCUAUGGAAAAAUCAUUAAAUGAUCAGAUGCCGCACACACCACAUACACCUCAUACCCCUCACACACCCCACACACCUGGUGGUGGUAAUAGUGGUCCACCAAGUGUUCCUCCUGCAUCUCAGGAAUCUACAGGAAACCAUAAUACGUCUGGUAAUACGAGUACAAAUAUAAAUACCGAUACCGCGGACAUACCAUCAGACUUAAAUUUCGAUCCAGCUGCGGUUAUAGAUGGCGAGGGUACUGGUCAAGAAGCAUUGAAUCUCUUGCCAGACAAUGUCGUAGAUCCAAUGGAACUGCUCUCAUAUUUAGAUCCGCCUGAUCUAAAUACUCCACCUAGUAGUGGAGCAAGCAGUGGAAAUCCCUCAUCGAGCGACGACAUAUUGGCACUUUUCGAAUAAGAUCUCAAGAAACUAUAAUUCUUCAUAAUGAAAUAAUCAAAUUAUGAUCCCAAAAUCAGAGGUGUGCGAUCACCAAGUUAGCAUCUUACUGAAAAAUAAAUAAAAAUUCCGAUUUAUACGACGAAAUUCGUAUAUGAGGGAUAUAAGAAAUGUGUUGGGUUCACAGUGGGUGCUCUCACCUAAUCAAUGGUACAAACAAUCUUAGCUCUAAUUGUAAUAAUUCCUAUUGAAAAGAGUUAGGGCAUAUGACUAGGGUAAUGAUGACUUUUAACAUUAGUACAGCAAACACGAUAAUUAGUGCUUGUCUGUAAAGAUUUUAUUGCAUGGAUGGGUACAGCAUACUUGAACUGAUAUGCUAGUUCUGGUGAGCAAAUGUUCCAUUGUAUUUAUCGAUGAAAUUAUACGAAUCGAUUGAAAUUAAAUGGUACAAUAUAAUAAUUCCAGGAAUGCAAUAAGGGCUUUAUAGACAAAUAAUAGAACAAGAUUUUAUUACAAGAUGUAAAUGUUUAUCAAUAAUUAUUGAUAAUUUUGUGAAAUAUUCAAGUUCUUUUUGUUUCUUUUUUUUUUUUUUUAUUUUUAUUUUUGUUUUUGUUUUUUCUUCUUUGUUUUCUUUUAUCUUUCCUUUUUUUUUUUGGACUACUGAUCUUGCUUCGAUGUAAAUUUAAAUGUUUGCUCAUUGGAACACAUCGUGCCACUUCAAAUGUUUUUUAACAUUUUGAAGUUUCCCUGCAUUAUCGUCUUUACAUAAAAGAUCGGUCUACUCGCGUUCAAGGCUAUGAUGGACCUACAUCACAACAGAAUUAUAAUGUAAAUGUACAGUACCUCUUGUAAAUAAGUUUUAAUCCAAUUAGAUAAUACGUUCAUCUGUUGUGAACUACCCUGCUUAUUAAUGGAUAUAGCGCAUAUAGUGUUCCUCUCCAUUAGAUAAAUAGUAGCAACAGAUGGGAAUGAAUAAUUGAAGGGGAUAUUGGGCUUCACACUGGAGACAUAGACAAUUAUUCUUCACGAUGUAUCUCCUGAGAAAAAAAUUUAAAUCACAUUAAUGAUUAUGUGAGUCAAGACAUAUUAUAAAAAUGAUUUUUCUUUUAUUUACUCUGAAUGAUAUUACUUAAUAGAUUAAAAUUUUUUAUUCAAUAUCUAAAAGUUAACAGUUAAAAAAGUAAAAAGACUAUGUCUUCUGUAGAAAUACAAGAGAGAACUAGAUUCUAAUAUAAAUUUUAAUUUCGUUAUUAUUAUUUUUAUUAUUAUUAUUUUUUUAUUAUUAGCUUAUUAGUAUGUAUUUUGUUAUAAAAUGUUUUUUUUAUUUGACUUGAUGAACAUGAAUCAGAUAAUCAUUAAAGAAAUUAGUAUGAAUCAUAAAAGUUAAUAAAUCUAUUAUAAACUUGUACGUAUAAAACUUGACUCAAUAUUAGGACCUUAAAGUUCAUUGAAAAAAAAAAAAAAAAAAAAAAAAAGAAAAAAAAAAAGAAAAAAAAUGAACAACUUUAAAUGACAAAAAUGUGAAAAGAGUGAUAUACUUAAAAUAAAAUAUCUUUGAAUCCUAGUAUUAAUCUAAGCGUAUUGCAAGUAUUAAUAAAAUAUAUCUCUGAAGAUACAUCAAAAUUUAGAAACAAUUUGCAUAUAUAGAGUUUAUUUUCACAUUUCUGUAAUGAAUGUCUGCAUUCAAAAGAGUUUGAAUUUAUUUUGAAGUUUUCUUGAUAUUGUGAUAAUACACAUUGCAUACUGAAUAAUUAAUUAUUAAUACAUAAUAAAUAAUACAAAAUGUCAAAUAUGUAAAAAGGUCAAUUAGGAAAAUAAUGUAAAUAAUUAGAAAAAUACAUCCUGAAACAAUGAUGUGUAAUCAAAUUUUUUUUAAGCGGUACUGAAUCAAAUAACAUUGAUGAAAUAAAUAUAUAUCAUAUAUAACACAUAUAUGUAAAAAGGGGCUGAAAUAUUAUUAUUGAUAUAUAAAAAGCAAUGAUUAAUAUGCGAAAAUAAGCUCUAUAUAAUCGUUCGCACAAAUAUUGAGCUAAUUAAUUUGUUUUGUUUUCCUUCAAAGUGACAUCAGUUGUAUCUGCCUGAAUAAGAUACUGCCAGAGUGAUACCGCCCACAAUUUCCCCGCUUAUGUAGUGGUUAUUACAUUUGUAUCUUUUGUGAUUGAAAAAAAGAGAAAAUAUACUUAAAGUGAUUCAUGUAGAUUAUACAAAUUUUAUAUAAAAGUGUAUUUAUGAUAUAUAUUAUCACACAAGGAAGAAUUAGAUGCGGUAAAGUUUCUAUUCGUAUAACUACUACAACAUUAUUGAAAUUAGAUUUUAAUAUUACUUAAUUAAGUGCGACUAUUGUAUAAUAUUUGUAUAUAUGGUAAAUAGAAUAAUAAUAUAAGUAAAAUGGCAGAUACUUACUGGCCAAUUAUAAUAGUAAAAGAAUGAUUAUCUUAAUUAUUUCUCAGAACCAAAACAAGGAAAAAUCGUAUGAGAAUACCCUAUAUUAGAGAAUAUAACAUGUACAUGACUGCAGAAUAAUUAUUCGUACAGUCAGUUAUUGUACUGUUAUUUCUAAUAGGAUUAUUACCUACUUAUUAAAGACCUAAUUACCUAAAGAAGUUUAUUCAAACUAUAAGCUUUACUUAGGAUUGCCAAGAAGUAGCAUACGCAACGUCAAUGCGAUUGUACAUAGGCAACAUCUACCUAUACCUACCUAGAGUAAUAUCCUAAAAUACACACUACAUGGUCUUGUUUCUUAAGAGACGCAGAGAUUUAUAUACAACUGCACUAUAUGCAGAAAUUUAUAUAUAUACAUAGAAAAUGAAAAAAAAAAAAGAAAAAAGAAAAGAAAAAACGACUAUUGUUUUGAAUUCAUUAUUAAUUUUAAUAUAACUUUUGAAAAUCAAACAAAUUGGCUUUCAUGAAAUCUGUUUUAUAAUUACAAACAAAGGACACUGAUUAAUGAGCUUGUUCAUAUGAGUCACAUUUGUUUGUAAUUUCUAUUGUGGUGAUAAUUGGUAAUAUGAUUUGUUAUAUAUUUAAAAAAGAAUGAAAUUCUUUACGAAGAAAACAUUUAUUUUAUAGAAGAAAAAAAGAAAAUACCUUAUUGAAAAUAAAAUGGUUGCAUUUGUGCUACGAAUCUAGUUUACGUCACAUUUCAAAUUGGCUUAUACACACAUAUAUGAUAUAUAUAGUCUCUUCGGUUCACGUAUAUAGAGAAAUAUUUUUGAGAACCUAAAAUUUAGGUUAUUAAAAAUACGAAGAAACCUUUUUUUUAUACGAAAACUAUAUAUUUUCUUUGUACGAUUAAAAUAUAAAAUAGUGAACCUUGAAUCCUUUACGCUUUCCCUACUCUCUAUAAUACAGUCACGACUAAAGUCAAACUAACUCCCGUUUAUAU